UGAAAAGGAUACGGGGCGACAAGUUGCCUAGUUGUUGUCGCCUUGGUCACUGCGAGUCAUUUCCAAAUGCAGCCGAGCCUUAAACCAAGAAAGGUCGCCACGCUGGACCUUUAAAGUGUCGAGGUGGGUGACACGUGCACGCCGUCCCUAGUAGGUACUACUGUCCCUGCGCGCGACGUCCGCCUACGCCAAACAGCGUCAACUUCACAGCUGACUACAAACAAAACCUCCGGCAAAGUAAAAAAAAAGAAAAGCCAAAACAAAAAAGGAUUUCCUGCUGUGGAUACUGGCUCCAAGUUCCUGCACUUGGAGAUUCAACAAGAUAACACCGCACUUGCUGGAGUUGAAGAGCGGAACCUGCUCAUAUUAAGGCGUGGGGAGACUCGGCGUUUGGAAGUGGAGAGACUUGGAUCACGCGUGUGCUGAGCCAUGGAGGUCGAUAAUUCAAUGAAAUUUACCGCGCUGUCACUUACUUUGCUUUGGGGGCUUUCAGGUGUGUGGGCCCAGAUUCAGAUGCCUACCCCCCAAUUGGAGGUGAGGAAAGGGCAGACGGCGACUCUGCAGGCCUGGUACACCCCCAAGCAGGGCACUGACAUCAGCCUCAACACCAUCACCUGGACCUUUGUCACCAACAGCUCAAAGCUGAUCAUCUCCUACACCAAGGACUCGGUCAGCAUUGGGAAGUCCCAGUUCAGAGGCCGCCUGGGCUUCACCCAGGACAUGCCCUCCGCCGUGGUCUCCCUGUUAAUCAACAGCACCCAGGAGGCCGACUCGGGCCGCUUCCUGGUUCAGGUCAUCAUCCCCGGGGAUGAUGACCUGACCGCCGAGCUCCGACUCAACGUCGUCGUGCCCCCGGCCGUCCCCAAGUGCUCCAUGGCAGGCAGGCCGGUGCAGAAGGGCAAUGUGACGCUGAGCUGCCGGUCCGGGGAGGGCAAGCCGCUCCCGAUGUACAAGUGGAUCAAGACCAACCCCACCUCUGAGGUGUUCUUCUCCCCCAUGCUGAACGAGCGGACCGGCACACUGCGGCUGAGCAACCUGAGCAGCUCCAUGUCGGGGAAGUACGAGUGCACGGCCCGGAACACGGUCGGCUCCGAGAGCUGCUUCAUCAACCUGCAGAUCAGCUCCACCAACUCGGGGAAGAUCGCCGGGGCAGUGGUGGGCGCGCUGGUGGGCUUCGUCAUCCUGCUCGUCUUCAUCUUCUUCCUGCUGAAGAGGAGAAGAGAUAAUGAGGAGGAGAUCGCCAACGACAUCAAAGAGGACGCCCAGGCCCCCAAGCGAGUGUCCUGGGCCAAGAGCGGAAUGGGCUCAGACAUCUUCUCCAAAAACGGCACCCUGUCCUCCAUCAGCUCCAGCCGGCACCCCAAGGAGCCCUUCCACGCCAGCAACCACCACCACCAGCCGCCCCCACCCCAGAGCCACAGCCUGCAGCAGUACCCCCAGCGCCCGGCCUCCGACACCGCCUCCAUCAACACCGCCACGGGCAGCAUCGCCGGCUACCGGCCCCCCCAGCAGCAGCGCCACCAGGGGGGCGCCUCCACCCCCACCCAGUACGGCGCCUACAACGGCAACGGGGCCACCCUGCCCCGGGACCAGUACCCGGACGGAGCCCCGCAGGAGCCCAGGGCGCACGGGGAGCACCCCCAUAGCGGCACCCUGCCCCUGGGCCACACGGAGAGGCCCACCAGGCUGCCCCAGGCCCAGCCGCUGGCCCAGGGCUACGGCCCCAACCAGGGCUACGGCCAGGCCCAGGGCUACGGCCAGGGCUACAGCCAGGCCCAGGGCUACGGCCAGGGCCAGGACUACGGCCAGGUGCAGUCCGCCCAGCCCGCUCUGCUUCCUAUCCCCCGGCCCCCCGCCCUGCCCACCUCCGUCAUAUCCGCCUCCAACAUUGCCCGCAUGGGGGGGGUGCCCAUCAUGGUGCCGGCUCAGAACCAGGCCGGAUCGCUCGUGUGAAGAAAUGAAGAAAUAAAUAAGGUCAAAAUUACUUGAACGGCAAGUAAAAAAAAAGAAAAGAAAACAGCCAUGGAAGCCUGCGUUUUUUGUUAUGGUUUCAUCGUUUUCCUCCAGUGAGUGGAACUGUGGAGCUUCUCUGCUGGUAUUCCACUGAGAAGGCAUUCACAAAGACACAGAGAAUGUUGGUUUGAUGUCUUCAGCGCAAACAGCUUUGUUCCAUUAUGAUGAAUAAUCAAAUGUUUGCCUAAAACAUGAAAACUGCAACUUCAUUUUUUUCUACAAUAUCCACCAAUGAAGAUAGAAUUUUGUCCAAGAUUGUAACAAUCCUUCCAGUUUCCAAAAAACUGCAUCAAAAUUCAAUUCCACAUAGUUCUGCAGAAUUGUACUAGUUAAUGUUUAUCGACUGCCUUUUUAUGUGACUUCACUGUCUGGCUGACAAAAUAAAAAAAUGUAAACGCCAUCCUAUGGUUAGUUGUAUUAGGGUCAUUACACUGUAAGUUUAGAGUCUACCUAUACAAAGACGGUCAAAUGAAUGAAGGGGCAAAUCUAUGCUGUUUUAUAGUUGGUCGUGUGUAACUUUUCAAAAGGGGUCGACUUGGCGGAGGAUGAUUUCCUCCGGGUUGAUCCAUUAUUCACCAUUCUGGGCCGUGCUAGGUGUGAAGACAGCUGGACGCAUAUGAUAACAUAAACACACGCCAUAUUAAUUAUAUAUUUCCCUGCUGUGAUGGUUGUGUCGGAUUAUUUUUAAACACUGGAGCAAAAUAUAUUUUAAAAUGUGUCUUUAUCAUUCAUCUUUUUUUAUUGUUAUUUCUUUCGUUAAUAUUCUGAGGAUGAUGCAUCCAGGAAGAUAAACAGGAUCUUCAUUUGUAUACACUCCUUUUACUCUUCACACGAAUGGUCCAAUAUUGUGUACAUACUAGCAGUGUACAUUAUAUAAAUAUGACAUAUAUUCAAGCCUUUAUUUUUAUACUGCAACGUAUGGUAAGUGAUUCAAUUUGGUGGAAGACAAACCAAUGUCCCAAAUAAAUGUAUAAUUACUCGGUUGUCAAAUUACAUACAAAUGUUGUCCAACCUAAUAUUAUACUGUAUCCUUAAGCUGAACAUGUAGAAUACGAGCAGUGUUUAUAUGUUCUUUCUGUAUUUAUGUCCAAGUCUUUGUAUAAUUUUUUCAAUUAAAAGAGAAUUGUUGGUCAAUUUCUCGUUAUGUUAACCAUACAAUAGCUUUUAAAAAUAUGUUAUAAGAAAAAUUAUUUAUGGAAGAAAUGUCAUCUUUAUCACCAAUUAUAUGUAAAAACAUUUAAGAAAAAAUGA